AUGUUUCUUAUAACAGGCAAAGCACAUUCAUUAAUUGUUCGAAUUACAUAUUUUCCAAUAAGUUUCUCUCAAACAAUAUUAAGUAAAAGAAACAUUGACAACGUAGUGUUCGGAGAAAAUCCAACACCAGCACCACCACCUCAACAACAAAUUCCACAAGUACCACCACAACAACAAAUUCCACAAGCACCACCACAAGGUAAGGAAACAAAAUAA